AUGUCUGCUGUUACUACACUUAUCACCCCGUAUCAAACUAGUUUUGUUCAGGGUAGAUUUAUAGCUGAUAAUGGAAUGCUGACUCGUUUGGUCAUGUCACAGGCUGCGAAGAAUGGAUCCUCAGGGAUUGGCUUGCUCUUGGAUCAGAAAAAGGCUUAUGACCGACUACGGAUUAAUGUCCAUGAAUUUCUCUUGCGCCCUCUUAUGCAAGCCCCCUUUGAGCCUUUGCUUUGCCACGUGAUACACAAUCCUCUGUUCCUCGUUGUCCUCCCUUCUGUUCCUCUCACUCUUCCCCCUUUACCUCCUGUCAAACUGCUGGCUUAUGCCAAUGACCUGCUGGUGUUUCUUCCGGACAUGGAUCACAUGUCUCGACUUCACCAUCACCUCAACACAUACACUGCCGCAUAUAACGCUUGCAUAAGCAUAUACAAGACUCAAGCCUUCUCCCUUUCGGGAUCGCCAAUUCCCGACUGGAAUACUUUCCUUCAUGCAUAUGAUGGUGGUCUUGAUAUCUUAGAUCCUGAGAUACAGCAAUGUGUUCUUCAACUUCGCUGGCUGAACCCCCUUAUUUCUAAUCCUCUACUGCCUCACGGUAUUUUUCUCCAAUGGUUCUUCACUCUCCUUCGUUUUAACGUCCCUAUCAUUGAUUCUCUUCUUCUCUUAUUCUUUCUGGACUGUUGUUCUCGCAACAAUCGAACCCUUAAUUUCUGCGCUCUCACCAUCUGUAUUGACCUGCUUGGCGUGAUUUGCGAAUCUGCCAUCUAUAUCAAAUCGAGUCCAAUUUGGAUAUACUCACACUCAUUGCUCCCUCUCGUCCUAUACUCUGUUCUGUCACACUUAACCGCAUCCUCAUCAGAAUUCGCGAUCAUACAAUGGUCUUGCAUCACAUUCUCUUUUGAGCAUGCGUUCCUUCUUUUGUAUUGGCAUUUCAGCAGCCAGACCUUCCUAUUCGCAACGGGUCAUCCAUUGACCUCCAGCCACUUCUGUCAGCUCAACUUCCUGGUCAGACCUGGUCACGGCUCACCACCCACUCUUACCGCUCUGCCUGCUCCCAUCAACUGUCUGAUGCUCGUCCCAUCCACCCUCCUCUCAUCCCACGACAACUUCGCUCCUUCUGGUCUUUUGCGCCAAGCACUUCUGUACCGCAUCAUGCCAGCCACCAUCUCUUCUCCUCUCUGUACUAUUUGCUAA